CGUUACGUUACAAAUGCAGUUGCCGUUGGCAGCCAGGCGUUGAAGGUUUACAGCCAUGAAGGUGUUUUUUCUUCAUUGCUUUAUUAAUUUACUUGGGCUAACUGUUCAGGCUGAUCAAGUUUGCAACGGUGUGGACCUCGAUUCUGACUGCUGGGAGGAGAUAGAAGACCGAAGAAGAGGCAUGAAUGUGGCUUUAAAAGGGAAAGCCACUCUGUCGAACCUUUAUGGACAUGGCAUUGCAUACAAUGCCAUUGAUGGAAAUCGUGAUGGCAUAUAUGAUCAUGGCUCCUGUGCCCAUACAAAAGUUCAUCUCAGCCCUUGGUGGAGAGUGGAUUUGCUCCAAAAAUAUAAAGUCUUCUCUGUGAUAAUCACCACUGAGGUCAGUGUUCCAGAGAGACUGGAUGGGGCUGAAAUCCGAAUAGGAAAUUCUCUCAUUGACAAUGGUGUCAACAACCCCAGGUGUGACAUAAUCUCCUCUGUUCCUGCUGGGUUUUCCGUGACCUAUGAAUGCAAUGGGAUGGAGGGACGCUAUGUUACCGUGGUGAUUCCUGGACGCAUAGGACAUCUUAUACUCUGUGAAGUGGAGGUAUAUGGAUUGCCACUGGACUCUAAAGCCCAGUGAAAUAGCACGUAUGGGUGGAAAACCUUACUUACUCAUAAACCACAGCAAACGUAUUGUUGUGUUGGAUAUGUCCUGAGCCAUUUUGACACUUUUUAAUGUUGUCUCUAAGUAACUAUUACUAGUUUUCACAAUGGGUUCUGUAGUUUGUUUGUCUCUGUUGUGUAGUGCUGAAUUAAAAGUUUUCCUUUUGAAAGUCA